GCGGAGGGCGUGUUGGUGGUGCUUGGGGACGCUGCGUCUGCGAAGGAGGUGGUUAUGGGCGCGCAGGAGAUCGUGGAGCGGCUGGAAGCCGAGGAGGAAGGGGACGAGGAUGACAACGGUGGAGCGGAUAAAGAACCAUCUGCAAAGGCGUCGCUCGCGACACAGGUCGCGCGGCUGAUGGCGCUAUAUGCGCGCGUCGUGCCCCGCCUGAACCAGCGCAGGCCGGCGCUCGACACCCUGCAGUCGAUCGCGCCCGACCUAGAGCCCCUCGUCUACCGCGCCGCCGCGCGCGCCACCGCCACAGAAAGCCGCGCACUCGUCGUCGCCGCGUCGGGCCUCGCGAUGUCCGCGCGCGCGUGGGCGCAGGCGCAGACCAAGGCCGGAGACGACGCCGACGCGCUCGCGCUCGCGCGAUGCACGGUGCUGCUUGCGUCCGUCCUGGACGCGACGCUCGAGGCGUGUGCGGGCAGGGUGGCGUGCUCGCGCGCCCAGCGCGCGUUCGAGGCGCGCUUCCCGCGCCUCGUCGUGCGCUCGGCGGUGCGGAGCGGCUGGGAGGCGGGCGAGGACGCGAUGUCCGCUGCCGCCCUCGGGCGCACGUCUGCGUCGCUGCUGUCGAACCCGAGCAUCGCCGCGCUGAUCCUCCUCGCGCACGCUUCGCCACCCGAGCCGCUCACCCCCGCCGCGCUGACGCCGCUCCUCCCCGUCCUGCUAAGCGCACUCGACAUCGGCAUCGCAGACGAGCCCCUCUACCUCCUCCUCGUCGCCCUUCUCCCCUCGCCCGCCUCCAGCCACACACCAACAAGCACGGGCACAGGCGCAGAGCUGCCCCCGGACCUCGUCCUCCCGCUCACGCCCGUCCUCGCGUCCCUCUGCAGCGCCCACCCGGACCCGCCCACGCGGCACCUCGCCUUCCGCCUCCUGUCCCUCGCCCUGCGCGCCACCCCCGCCCCGCUGCGCCUCCAGGUCCUGCGCGACCUCACGGACCCCGCCGAGGACGCGCACCCGCCGCAGAUGCGCGCCGCCGCCGUCGGGCUCGUCAAGGAAUCCGUGCUCGCCGCGCUCGCCGCCACGGAGCCCGGAGCGCCGGCGGGGUCGGCGGACGCGGGCGUGGACGUGUUCGCGUCGCCGGCGCUGCUGGGCGCGCUCGGCGCACACGUGUUUCGCGCGCACCCGCCUGAUCUGUUCGUGGCCGAGUCUACGCCGGCGGACGCGUUCAUGCGCUCGGCGGAGCCCGCGCGCCUCGCGGAGUGCCUCGCGCUGUAUUACGUGCUGCUGCGGCGCGAUGUCCAGAACAGGACGGGGAUCCGCGACCUCGAUACGAUCCGCAACAUCGAACAGACAUUCGUGGGGCCCAUGCGCGCGGCCGUCGCGCGGUGGCUCGCGGCCUUAGGAGACGAGCUGCAUGCGGUGAUGCCCCUGGCGGCGCUGCAGACGAACAUCGAGCGCGUCGACGCGGCCGUG